CGCUAGAGAGAUUCAGUUUGUGUCAAAACAUAGUCGCGAUAGCUAAGCCCUUUUCCAUUUAUCCAGUUGUUUACAAAUAUUGUAACCUCCUAUCUGUUGUACUCGUAUUAAUGCUGGUUGAGACUCGCCACUGUUUGUAAGUUUUAUUUGAAGUUAUCUCAAAAACACACGUCGAGAAUGGCGAUGAAUCCAGCGCCUUUUCAACCAGGAACAGGGAGUGUCCCUGCGACGAGGGUGGAAAUCACAAUUUCAUGCAGGGACCUCAUAGACAAAGAUGUGAUGUCAAAAUCAGAUCCAAUGUGUGUGUUGUACACAACGCAGUUGGGGUCUAGAGACUUUGCAGAGUAUGAAAGGACGGAGAUGAUUAAGAACUCGCUGAAUCCAGACUUUGUUAAGAAGUUCAACUUAACAUACUUCUUUGAGGAAUGCCAGAGGCUGAAAUUUGAAAUCUUUGAUGUUGACUCCCAAUCUCAAAAGCUGACUUCCCACGAUUUUCUGGGUAAAAUUGAAACAACUCUCGGUGAAAUCUUGGGUUCUUCAAAUAACCGUCUGGAGAAGCCUCUAGUUGGAGCGGGUAAGAAAUGCGGUAGAAUUAUUAUAUCAGCAGAAGAAGUCAGUGACUGCAAGGAUCGUGCUACAUUGAGCUUCUGUGGUCAUAAACUCGACAAGAAAGACUUCCUUGGAAAGUCGGAUCCUUUCAUGGUGUUCUAUCGUUGUAAUGAAGACAAUUCGUACACAAUAUGUCAUAAGACAGAGGUAAUAAAGAACACCCUCAAUCCAACAUGGCGGCCGUUUCCUGUCCUGGUUAGAUCGCUGUGUAACGGAGACGUAGAGCGGACCAUCAAGGUGGAAUGUUUCGAUUGGGACAGUGAUGGAGGUAGCCAUGAUCUUAUUGGAAUAUUCACAACAAAUAUGAGACAGAUUUUGACCGGAAGGCAAACCUACGAGCUGAUAAAUCCUAAGAAGAAGGCCAAGAAGAAAAGCUACAAGAAUUCCGGCACGAUUGAAUUGACAAACUGUGUGAUCGAGAAGCAGCACAGUUUCUUGGAUUAUAUCUCGGGAGGAAUGCAGAUCAACUUCACUGUAGCCAUUGACUUCACAGCUUCUAAUGGUAACCCUACUCACAGUAGUUCCCUUCACUACAUCAACCCUUAUCAACCCAAUCAUUAUGAGAUCGCAAUUUCAUCUGUUGGAGAGGUCAUCCAAGACUACGACUUUGAUAAACUUUUUCCUGUUCUGGGCUUUGGUGCAAAGCUACCUCCAGACGGUCGAGUGUCUCACGAGUUCUCCGUGAAUUUCAAUCCUCAGUCUCCGUUCUGCACGGGUAUUCCUGGUAUCAUGCAAGCAUAUCAGAACUGCAUAAGACAGGUGCAGCUGUAUGGCCCUACUAACUUUGCACCGAUCAUCAACCAUGUAGCACAGUUUGCCAAGGCUUAUCCCGAUGGCUCUAAUUACUUCAUCCUUCUCAUCAUAACUGAUGGUGUGAUAUCUGAUAUGGACAUGACUAAAGAUGCGAUCAUCAGGGCCAGUACCCUUCCGAUGUCAAUCAUCAUUAUCGGAGUAGGACCAGCUGAAUUUGAUGCUAUGGAAGAACUGGACGCAGACAAGAAGGCACUGACAUACCGAGGAAAAGUCGCUGAGAGAGACAUUGUCCAAUUCGUGCCCUUCAGAGAUUACGUCGGCGGUGUCGGUAGUAGCAACCAGCAGCUCAGUCAAGCACGUCUUGCCAAAGACGUCUUGGCAGAGGUUCCAGAGCAAAUUAUAGCUUUCAUGAAGAAACACGGUAUCAGCCCAAUCACCGCGCCGCAACCCCACACUCCCCUCGCCGUUCCCCCAAGUCAGUAACCCUCUUGUCAUAAUCAACUAGAUUUUACAAGCGCGUAUACUGUGGAUCAAACAACUGUAUAGACCUUAUGUAGUGACGUCAUCACAGGCCUGUAUGCUUCGAUUUUGAAAGGGCAAGUGCACCAAGGCAUUUUCUCCUUGGUAAAUGGACACCCUAUGAGGAAAGAAUUUUCUACUGGAGCAUUUUAAGGGCACCAAGGCAAUGACCAGGGGCACGGGAGGCAAUCGCCUGUCAUCAGGCUACUAAUGCAAAUGCGCAUGGCCCAAUAGAUCCCUUGCAUGUGACGUCACACGCUCGAAAAGCACCCUCACUGGGGUCAGAAAGGGCCCUCAUUGGGGUCAAUGGAGGUAAAUGAAUGGACAAUAGCUGUUCUUUGUGCGUAGGGCGUGAGCUCAGCGUCUGUGUAGCGUUCCGCGUGGUGCAAAUGCAGCUUUUCUCCUGUGGGCAAUGCGCCGUAUCGAUACCUAUUGUCUUUUACCCCAAAACAAAAGAACUAAAAAAAUGCUAACCAAAAGCGAGUGCUCUGUGUGCAUGGUAACAACUUGGAGCACUUGUAGGGUCCUCAGUACGUAUGUGUUAAAAAGAUAUUUUUUUUAGCACAAUCCACGAGUUUCAAAUGAAUCAUGUUUUUACACAGUCCCCUUAGUAACUGCAUACAGUUAGACAUGUCACAAGAUCAAAAGAUGAGAGGGGAAUGGUUGCUCUAUGAUUUGAUGCCUCUUUUGAUCGCACACUCUUGGUACUUCUCAGACACAGAAUGGUUCAACCACAGGACUAAUUACAAUAUCCAAUAUAUUUGGAUAUUCUAAAGUCACACUUCCAGAGGUUAUGAUCACGUAAGGCACUCUGGGGGAAAUGGCGCAGCGCGCUUGCGUAUCGCUGGGAACGAGGUUGGAGCCACCGAGCAACCUCUUCUAGAUCUCUAACAAGAGGACGCCUUACUCGGAUGGCAUCAUUUGCACAAGUGGAACAACGUGGAGUUUUGAAAGAUUCCAUUCAUUCUUGGGUUUUUUAAAUGAUACAUGAGGAAUAACUGAAAAUUCCUUUCAACUCGUAUAUUUUUUUAAUAAAAAAGUGUUUAUAAGUCGCAUCUAUUUUUUGUCUACUAAACUUAUUAAAGAUGCCUUAUCAGUAAUUUUCUUAAUAUUCAUUUGGCAUUCCCAGUUAUCAUUGUUCAGUAAUUCUUGCACAUGAUAAUGUCUCAGGGGUGUUGGGUUUGUCCCGGUGUUCAUGGUUUGAUUGGCAGCACUCUGCGCUACUGCACCUUGUAAAACCAUUACAUGGUACUAUGUAAAAGAAGUAGAUCUCAUAAUCAAGCGAAUAGCCCCUCAUACUUGCAGUUGCAGGAAAAUACUGAAUGUUAAAGCGCCUUGAGCUUCACUGAGUGGCGAAUAUGUGCGCUAUAUAACAAGAAGCCACUGUUAUUAUUAUUAUUGUCUCAUAAAAAGUACUUUAGUAAAGUUAGGGUCAUACUUUGAUGUUGUCUUGACUCUGAAAGAAAAUUGUUUUUCCAAAAGCCUCCUUGUUAUAAAGAUGGCAAUGGUAGUAAGCAUCCUCUGUGGUUAUUUUGUCUGAAAUGCCCACGAUGGUUAUACAUCACUUAAAAGGAAGUAGAAUAAAGCAAGACAGUUCUCUAAGAACAAACUCUACCUGGCAAGUAGAUACACACAUGAUGUUACCGCAAA